CGCUAUGCGUUUUAUACAAGUAUACUCGAGAUUAUCUUAUCAACAUCUAGUACCAUUUAUGUUUUCUAAUUGCCAAUUCUGGCUCACAGUUUAUAAUCGAACCGAUGCAUGGUGUUCUUUAUUGAGUCCUAAAGAACUUUUAUUAUCACGAUAUUAUUGGGAUCUGGACUUUUAUUAUCGAUUAUCAUAUGGUAGCCCACUUAAUUUACAAAUAGGUUGUAGAUAUAUUACUCAACUUGUUAAUGGAGUUAAAGGUCAUUUGUAUGGGAAUUCUACUGUGAAAGCUGAUAUAAAAAAUGCUCAUGCUUUUUCUAUGAUGAUGAUACGUAUGUAA